AUGACUUCAUCGAUCGAUGAUAAGGAGAAAUCCGAUCCUUGUUCCCCGAAGCACCAGAAGACGGAGGAGGAGACAAUCUGGUAUGACAGCGAUUCGGAUGAUUCCGAAUGCGUCACACCGGACGAAAUUCAACUGUAUUAUGAUGAGUGGGAGAAGAGCCAGGGCUUUGAAAUGGAUUUCUCGAAACUUACUUACUGUUCCAGCUGGAAACAAUUGGAUCUGGACGAUACCACAAUGGCCGACGAGCCUGAAACCAACCGAGAAUUAAUCGCCAAGUUUGCGAAACUCGCUCUCACCAAGCACAACGCAGAAAUGGAUACGAGUCUGGAAUUGGGCAACAUACUGAGGGCAAACUAUCAUCCAUCCGCUGGAGUCACCCUCUAUAUCUCAUUCGAAGUCAAUGAUCCUUAUGAUGGCAAUCAGACAAAACCCUAUCGAGCAGUGGUUCGGUACUUUCCCGGAGAUAUUGAAGUAGCCUCUUGCUUUCCUAGACCAACUUCUUGA